AUGGAGGUCCCGUCUCCCCAGCCCGUGAAGCAGGAAGGCCCAACGGCCGAGGGCCUGACCCUGGACUCGCCCUGGCACCGUUUUCGCCACUUCCACCUGGGCGACGCGCCGGGCCCCCGCGAGGCACUGGGCCUGCUGCGUGCCCUGUGCCGCCAGUGGCUACAGCCCGAGCUGCACACCAAGGAGCAGAUGCUGGAGCUGCUGGUGCUGGAGCAGUUCCUGAGUGCCCUCCCUGCCGACAUCCAGGCCUGGGUAUGCAGCCGGCAGCCCCGGAGCGGGGAGGAUGCCGUGGCCCUGCUGGAGGAGCUCUGGGGAGCGGCGAGUAACCCCCAGGCCGGACCAGCAGUGAGGGUACCUCAGGAUGUGACAGAAGGCUCCGGGGUGACCAUUGGAAAGGAUGAUGUUGGGAUGAUGCCCUUAGGAGAUGCGGCCCCCGGGGCGGAGGUGCUGGCGACGGGGGACGCCCAGGCCACGCGCCCCUACAAGCAGGAGCCGGGCAGCCCUCCCCCGGCCCCCGCGGCGCCGCCUGCGCCGGGCCUGCCCGCCUUCCUGGCGGCGGCGGCGGCGGCCCCGGCCCCGGGCACCACCUCCUGCCCCGAGUGCGGCAAGGCCGCCCUGAAGCCCGCCCACCUGCUGCGCCACCGGCAGAGCCACUCGGGCGAGAAGCCACACGCCUGCCCCGAGUGCGGCAAGGCCUUCCGCCGCAAGGAGCACCUGCGGCGCCAUCGCGGCACGCACCCCGGCGGCCCCGGGCCGGCCCUGCGCCCGCUGCCCGCGCGCGAGAAGCCGCACGCCUGCUGCGAGUGCGGCAAGACCUUCUACUGGCGCGAGCACCUGGUGCGCCACCGAAAGACGCACUCGGGGGCGCGGCCGUUCGCCUGCUGGCAGUGCGGCAAGGGCUUCGGGCGCCGCGAGCACGUGCUGCGCCACCAGCGCAUCCACGGCCGGGCUGCGGGCAGCGCGGGCACGGCGGCGGGGCCCGGAGGCGGGGGCCCUAUCCCGGCCUGGCCGCUGGGGUAG